ACCCUGGCAGCCUCCGGGUGAAAGGACUGGGAAACACUGGGGGUAGUUUACUUGGGAUGGUUAAAGGAGGUGUGUUCUAUCCUGGCUUGGCCCCUAUGGCAAGUUCUUUUACCUCUCCGGGCCUUCAUCUGUAAAAUACGGGAAUGGGACUAAACGAUGUCUUUGAAGAUCUCUUCCAAUUUAUUUAUUAGCUCCUUGGAGUCUGCCCUUUCCUUCCAGUAGGAGAACUUACCUAAAUUUAGGUUUUCUUGGGGAGGAAGCCCUUCCCAUUUUCCCCAUCCCGACCCAAGACCAUCAGUACAGGAAGGAAGGUCGCCAGCUAGAAGAGAGGCACUCCCAUUUAAAAUAUCCCAUUCGCUUUGGAGCCUUUUCUCCACUCCACCGCCCCUUACGUGUCCUACACGUAGGCCAAGCGACGUAGUUUGGUCGCGCCAAGCUCUGAAUCACGCGCAGCCGCUGUAGUUUGCCAAACCUUGCUUCCGCCCCUCCCCUCCUCCCAACUCAGGCAGCGUACAACGUUUGGCGGUCGCUCAUCAGUGCCCCCGGAAGUACUUGCGAAUGAAUCAGGAAAUGAUGAUGUCCAUGAGGCCUGUAGGAGGGCUGAAGUAAGAAGGAAGAAGAGAUUUCUGCAGAUUCAUUUCGGGGACUGGAUUGUCAGUGAUCAAGAAUCAGGAUCUACACCCCAGUCUGUGUGACAGCACCCUGCCGGUCACCAUGCCGGCCUUGCUGGAACGCCCCAAGCUCUCUAAUGCCAUGGCUAGGGCAUUGCAUCGACAUAUAAUGAUGGAACGGGAGAGGAAGAGACAGGAGGAAGAGGAAGUGGACAAGAUGAUGGAACAGAAAAUGAAGGAGGAACAGGAGAGGAGGAAGAAAAAGGAAAUGGAAGAAAGGAUGUCAUUGGAAGAGACCAAAGAACAGAUCCUUAAACUGCAAGAGAAGCUCCUGGCCCUACAAGAGGAGAAGCACCAGCUCUUCCUACAACUCAAGAAAGUUUUACACGAGGAGGAGAAAAGGCGCCGUAAGGAGCAAAGUGACUUGACAACACUUACAUCUGCAGCAUAUCAACAGGGCCUGGCUGUGCACACAGGGACACAUCUUCUCAGCAUGCAAGGAAGCCCUGGAGGACACAGCAGACCAGGAACUCUCAUGUCUGCUGAUAGGGCCAAGCAGAUGUUUGGACCCCAAGUGCUCACGACCCGUCAUUUUGUGGGGUCAACAGCUUUUGCAGGAACCUCAGAACAUGGGCAAUUCCAGGGUAGCCCUGGAGGGGCCUAUGGGGCAGCCCAGCCCCCACCUCACUAUGGACCUACCCAGCCAGGCUAUAGUCCCAGCCAACAGCUCAGAGCUCCUUCAGCUUUUCCUGCUGUUCAGUACCUGUCACAACCUCAGCCACAGUCCUAUGCAGUACAUGGCCACUAUCAGCCAACACAAACAGGGUUCCUGCAACCUGGCAAUGCUCUGUCUCUUCAGAAACAGCUGGAACAUGCUAAUCAGCAGUCUGGCUUCUCUGAUUCGUCUUCUCUGCGCCCCAUGCACCCCCAGGCUCUGCACCCAACUCCCGGGCUCUUAGCGACACCCCAACUUCCUGUACAGAUGCAACCAUCAGGAAAGUCAAGCUUUGCAGCUACCAGCCAAUCAGGCCCCCGGCUCCCUUUUAUUCAGCACAGCCAGAACCAGCGUUUUUAUCACAAGUGACUUGAUUCAGGGUAAUGUCCAUCUCCAACUAAUAAAAGUUAUAUACUGUCAUCAG